AUGAAAACAGUGAUAGAACAAAACAGGAGACAUACUUCACCAGAUUAUCAUUUUGUCAGUAGCCGCAAAUCUUUUGAGAAACAAGAACACAAUUCUCAUCUUGUGAACUACUUCGGGAGCGGAGCAGAAGGGUAUUUUUGGCUGUUUGUCCUCUCCCGAGGUUUGGUUGGCAUCGGCGAAGCAAGUUAUUCCACCAUCGCUCCUACUAUUAUUGGAGAUCUCUUCACCAAAAACACUCGGACACUUAUGCUGUCUGUCUUUUAUUUCGCAAUCCCUUUGGGCAGUGGUUUAGGAUAUAUCACGGGAUCAAGUGUCAAGCAAGUAGCUGGAGACUGGCACUGGGCCCUGCGGGUUUCUCCACUUUUAGGUAUGAUCACAGGGACACUUAUCUUAAUAUUUGUACCAGCUGCUAAGAGAGGCAAUGCUGAACAACUGGGAGCACAGCUGAAGGCUAGGACCUCCUGGCUGAGGGACAUGAAGGCCUUGAUAAGAAAUCGCAGCUAUGUCUUCUCGUCCCUGGCUACCUCUGCUGUUUCUUUUGCCACGGGAGCUCUAGGGAUGUGGUUCCCUGUUUACCUGCAUCGGGCCCAGGUUGUUCAAAAAACAGCAGAGAUUUGCACUUCACAGCCCUGUGGGACCAAAGACAGCUUGAUCUUUGGAGCCAUCACCUGUUUCACUGGAUUUCUGGGCGUGAUCACUGGGGCUGGAGCUACUAAGUGGUGCCGGGUGAAAACCCAGAGAGCGGAUCCUUUGGUUUGCGCCGUUGGGAUGCUGGGAUCAGCCAUCUUUACCUGCUUGAUUUUCGUUGCAGCGAAGAACAGCAUUGUCGGAGCCUAUGUCUGCAUUUUUAUUGGUGAGACUCUUUUGUUUUCAAACUGGGCCAUCACAGCUGACAUACUUAUGUAUGUGGUUAUUCCUACACGUCGAGCAACAGCCGUAGCUUUACAGAGUUUCACCUCGCAUCUUUUGGGUGAUGCUGGAAGUCCCUACCUGGUUGGAUUUAUCUCCGAUGUGAUACGGCAGAGCACAAAGGAGUCUCCACUCUGGGAAUUCCUCAGUUUAGGCUAUGCGCUGAUGCUGUGCCCUUUUGUUGUGGUCCUCGGGGGGAUGUUUUUCCUGGCCACGGCCCUCUUCUUCCUAAGUGACAGAGCCAAAGCCGAGCAACAGUGA